AUGUCGACCACCCCACCAGCCAUCACAUCAACCGCAACCACCACCAUCGUCCACAAGGGGGCCGUCGCCGUCCUCACAGGCGCUGCCUCCGGCCUCGGUCUCGCCGCCGCAAAGCAGCUCGCAAGGGAAGGUCUCCACAUUGUGCUCGUGGACGUUGCCCCGCUCGACGAUGCGGUCGCAGCCAUAAAGGCCAUUGAGGGAGGCGGCGACGUCGUCCCCGUCACCUGCGACGUCUCGCAGGUCAGCCAGGUCGUUGCGCUGCGCGAAAAGGUCCUCGACCUCUACGGCGAGGUGCAUUUCCUCUUCAACAAUGCCGGCACGUCCAAGCCCUGUCCGGCCUUUUCGCUCACCCGCGACCUGGCCGACCUCCAGAGCUCGUGGUCCGACGUCCUCGGCGUCAACAUGAUGGGCAUUAUCAACGUCGCCCAGGUGUUUGCCCCGACCAUGGCGCGUCAGGAGAACGCAAGUGUCAUUGUGUGCACGGGUUCCAAGCAGGGCAUCACGGCCCCUCCCGGUAACGCUGGCUACAACGUCUCCAAGGCAGCCGUCAAGAUCUUCACCGAGCAGCUUGCCUACGAACUGCGCAACUCGCCCGACUGCGUCUGCACCGCCCACCUCUUCAUCCCCGGUUGGGUCUUCACCGGCAUGAGCGGCGCCAACGACCCCACCAAGACCAAGCCCCCGGGCGCGUGGACUCCCGAGCAGACCGUCGAGUACAUGUUCGAAAAGGUCCUUGUUGAGGACGACUUUUACGUCAUCUGCCCCGAUAACGAGACCACAUCGGCGGUGGACAAGGCGCGGAUCCAGUGGUCCCUCGGCGACAUUAUCGAGGGCCGCCCCGCUCUCUCGCGCUGGCAUCCGGCUUACGAGGCGCGCUUCGACGAGUUUGUCACCGGCAAGCAGGGCCUCGCGGCCCGCUCCAGGAGUCGUGGUCGCGGUCUCGACCGCAUCCCGGAUGUGUAG